AUGGAUCUGCCAUUUGACGCUAAUAAUAGAUUCGUGUAUGAAUCGGUCAUAAUUGUUCAAUUUUUUUAUUUGCUAUUAUGUGCCGACGCAAUUGGUUUAUUAAAUGCCUUACUCAUAAAUCUGAUAUUGCAUAUAGGCGGUCAAAUCGAUAUUCUUCGUCAGAGUUUGAUGGCAAUUUUUCCGAAGAAAGAGAAGGGCAACUUGAGUCAUUUUAUGAUCAAGAAAGUAAUCAAGAAACAUCAGAAUAUCGUCACCUUUUCAGAGCACAUCGAAGAUUUGUAUUCGUAUAUCGCGAUGGUGCUCUUCGUGUCGGAUACUCUGAUUAUCUGCUGCUUGGGUUUUACAAUUGUCGCAUCAAUCGGUGGACCCGAUGUUUUGAAAAAUAUAACUAGGACCCUCUUAUUUUACCUCGUUAUGAAUAUGGAGGCGUUCAUAUUUUGUUUUGCUGGAGAAUACUUGAGCGCUAAGAGUAAAAGCAUCGGAGAUGCUGCCUACGCUUCCCACUGGUACGAAGCAGAUCCUAGAAACAGUCGAAUUAUAUUGUUCUUGAUAAUGAGGUCGCAAAUACAAUUAACCAUUACAAUUGGAAAGGUAAUGAAUUUGUCCUUGGAACGAUUUACUAGUAUUAUAAAAGCUUCAGUUUCCUAUAUAUCCGUCCUACUUGCAAUUUAA